AUGUUUAUAUCUGAGGACUUAGACCCAGAAGCACUGAAAAAUGAAGCUAACAUAAAAUGGAAAGAGGGAAAUAUGGAAGAGGCCAAUAUAAUAUGGAGGCAGGCACUAAAGGAAUGUAUAAAAUAUUCUAUGAGAGGUAUUCCUACAAACAAAAAUAGAGAUAUGCAAAUAUCUCUCAGAUUAAAUUUAUCUUUAUAUCAUUAUAAAAAAAAAGAAUACUCAGAUUGUAUAAAUCAGUGCAACAUAAUAAUAGAUAAUUUGUUGAAUCUGGAAGAAAUGUUGCAGUAUUAUAAUAUGGGAGAUGAGGAAGAAAACAAAAAGGAAAGUAACAAUAAUGAUGGUGAUAAAGGUGAUCAUAUAAGUGAUGAUAAAGGUGAUCAUAUGAGUGAUGAUAAAGGUGAUCAUAAGGAUGAUGAUAAAGGUGAUCAUAUGAGUGAUGAUAAAGGUGAUCAUAAGGAUGAUGAUAAAGGUGAUCAUAUGAGUGAUGAUAAAGGUGAUCAUAAGGAUGAUGAUAAAGGUGAUCAUAUGAGUGAUGAUAAAGAUAAAUCUAAUGUUAACCUACGGGAGAAAAAAUAUAUAAUAAAGAAAGACAUUCUUAUUAAAAUAUUUUUAAGAAGAGCUAGUUCAUUUUUAUGUUUACAAGAAUUUAAUAAAUGUAAUGAAGACCUAGGUAUAAUAAAAAAGUUAGAAAACAAUGAUGCUGAAGCAGCUACUUUAGAGAAGAGAAUGAUAAUCGAAAAAAAAGAUUAUGAAAGAAAACAAAAAGAGUUGUAUAAAAAAAUGUGUAACAGCAAAUAA